UGAGCGCCUUUCUUGUCUAGUAUCGCAUUCGUGACCAAGUCGUGACGAUUUGCGAUGCGGUGCCGUCUCUUUCGCAGGCACAGAGACGGGGAUCGAGUAGAGAGUAGCACGGCGAGACUCUAGUGCCAAGAAGAACGAGAGGAGGUGUAGUCAUUGCCAUCUGAGACCUGUUCGUUCGUAAUGCAGCAAUGACCGAUACACAAGGAGGGAUGUCCCGUAACAAUGGUCCCGGUCUUUAUGAGUUCCUCAUGGAAGCCGAGUUACAACAAUAUUAUCCCGGCAUCCGAGGGGACUUGAAGGUGCAGACGACAGCGCAAUUAAAAUAUGUAACGGAAGAAGAUCUGAACGCGAUAGGGAUGAGCAAGCCAGAGAUGCGCCGUUUGAAGAAAUACUUCCAGAAGCAUUUUCCCCAGAAUUACCUUUCCAAGUUUAAGAAAAUGCUGCUGCCGAAGCGCGAGGAGCAGACCCCCGGUGCACUGAGCAUGCUGCCGGAGGAGCGGCAGGACCGGCCGUCGGUUCGCGUUCCUAAUAAGCACAUGAUCCCGGCCGACGCGAUUAUCGUGAACAAGGAACUCGGCACCGGAGAGUUCGGGGUCGUGCAGCAGGGGGUGUGGACGAACGACGGCGAGCGGAUACAAGUGGCGAUCAAGUGUCUGUCGCGCGAGAGAAUGCAGAACAAUCCGAUAGAAUUUCUGAAGGAGGCCGCUAUAAUGCACGCGAUCGAUCACGAGCACAUUGUGCGGCUGUACGGCGUUGUGCUCGACACGAACUCGCUGAUGCUCGUGACGGAGUUGGCGCCGUUGCGCUCGUUACUGGAGUGCCUCAAGGAGCCGAGUCUGCGCGCGAGUUUCCCGGUUCUGUCAUUGUGCGACUUCGCCGUACAGAUUGCCGACGGGAUGCAGUAUCUGGAGGCGAAGAGGCUGAUACACCGCGACCUCGCGGCCAGGAACAUCCUCGUCUUCUCCAAGAACAAGGUCAAGAUCUCGGAUUUCGGAUUGUCGCGCGCACUGGGAGUGGGCAAGGAUUAUUACCAGACGAAUUUCAACGUCAACCUGAAGCUGCCGAUCGCGUGGUGCGCGCCCGAAUGCAUAUCCUACUUGAAAUUUACGUCGGCGAGCGAUGUUUGGGCGUACGGCGUGACGCUGUGGGAAAUGUUCAGCUACGGAUUUCAGCCGUGGGCGGCAUUGACCGGCCAUCAAAUACUCGAAGCGAUCGACGAGCCCAAUUUCCAGCGGCUGGAGCAGCCCGAGUGCUGUCCGAAGGACUACUUUUCUCUCAUGCAACAGUGCUGGCAGCACGAGCCUUCGAAGAGGCCAAAGUUCUCCGAGCUGAUUAACCUGUUGCCCGACCUGAAGCCGGAACAGGUGCAAGCGGUCCAGGACGGUACCGAGCCGGGUCAACUCGUUUACAGGCAGAGCGAUAUAAUCACAGUUCUAGAUAAAGGUACCAACAAUACCUUGUGGAAAGGCGUGCUGAACAACGGUAAAACGGGGUUUUUCAAUCCGGCGCACACGAUUGCGUAUCUCGGCUCGAAUCUGCCUAGCAACAAGCCCGGCGAAUUCACGCGGGGGGAUGGCAAGAACACUUUCUCCUCGCAGCGCAGAAAAAUACGCACCGACAUGAUAUCCUCGCCGCAGGGUGAUCUCAAACAUACCGGUCACGUGGGUCUGGACGGGGCGUACUUUGGCGAUAUCAGUUUCCUCGGCGGGAAAUACCCGCACUUGCCUCGUCAGGUCGUGACGCCGUACAAACCGCAGGAGGACGCAACCGAUAAUUCUAGUCAGAUUUCAAAUCAGGACGCGAGGAACGCCGACGUGAACAGGGAAUCAACGAGAGACUCGGGCAGGAACUUGCAGGAGAAUCAAAACAAACACGAGAGUUCGUGGUCCAAUACGAGUUCAGAGACAUGCCACGUGACUGCGGGAAGCAACGCGAACAAGCAACCAGUGACAUCCAGUGCGGGCAAUAACGUUGACACUCUCGGAGCGGAUCACGAGUAUCACGAGAUCAGCGACGAAGAGAACCAAGACAGUCCACUGAGGUUUGACAAGACGUUGAAUUUCGACUUCGGUCCGAGUCUUCUGGCGGAAAUGGAUCAGAUGUUCAGAUCACUAGGCUCUUCCCCUCCUCCUCCGCUGCCUAGCCAUCCCUUACCCACCGAGCACGAGUCGAGCAACGCGAGGAACGAGCUGAGGGAGAUCCAAGCGAGGCAGUGUAACAAGAAGAAACAAGCCACCGUGAAGCCUAUCUCAGCUGCCGAUCAGAAAACUCUCUACUCGGCCAUUGCUAUGGCGCAGGAAUUGACAGCACGUUCCAUGACAGAUCUUGAACAUCCACCGGAGUCUCCCCGAACACCUGCCAGUCCUUCAAGACGCAGAAAAUUCUCUUUUAAGUUGCCACAUCAACACAGUCCCAAACCAGACAGACGACACUUUUCCGAAGAAGCUGCCAGUAUACCUGACAUACAGUGGCUGUGCUCAAGUUUGCAAUCGCUCUCAUCGACGGUGUCCAGCAUAGAAUCCCUUGGUGCACCGUCGACUUUGAAACUCCCCCUGUGGGACAAGGCGUCGGCGGAAUUCUGUUUCGCGAAGUCGCGAGAAUUAUUGACGAAGCCGAGUACUUGGGCCUCGUACAUGGACAUCGAUUUAGACGCUUAUAUACUGGACAACGCGGCGACGAAGCAGAAUCUCGUCAAGUCCACGGAAUUUCUCGAGAAUGGAAAUAAGAAAGGUAAUUUGAACAGUGAGAGCGUGGCCGACGUGGCGAACGCCAAAUUGAAUAUUCGGCAUCAAAACGGCAAAAUCUUCAAUAAGGAGAAAGCGAACUACGAUCUUCCACGCGAAAUGAAGAGGGUGUCUACCAGUUACGUUGAACGCUAUUUCGAGCAGCCCAAGUAUUGCGAUGAUGAAGGUAUCAUAGGGUGCGCAAGCGAUAAGAUGUAUUUCGGAGAAGAGAGACGGGAUAAAUUCGAUAAGAUUAAUAAUCUGGAGCAGCCUAAUAAGUCAACGUACUACGUCAAUGUUCAGGAACAGGGUGCAUCUGUCGGUGGCAGGUCCAAUCAAGCGUCACAAAAUAAAUUCAGCAAUGGCGAGCCGCAAUUAAAGGACAAUAUCGCGCAUUUCGAAGCACGGUCCGAUGAGAACUUUGAUACAUCGAAGGAGAAAGCAACGAAUUUGGAGUCGCCCCGUAAUAAGCCAAAUAAGUUGGACAUCGCAGCGAGAGACAAAGCGGCGAACCUAGACCUCGGCACGCGACCAAAGAUUCCCCUUGCCUUCGCCGAGUCCGCAAAGAUGAACAUAAUGGAAUUCUCCAAGAAGAUUGAUCUAUCGAAGCCGAGACCUGCGAAAGUAUCCUUUGUGCCUAGAAAUCCGAAUCAAGAUGCGAAGAGCGUCAUUUACAGUUCGUCGGACAGUAUCAAGACGAAUGUAAAAGCGGGAAGAUCGGACAGUCCGCGAGGCAAUAUAGAGGCAAUGAGAAUAAACAUACAAAGUUUCCGUAAGAUCGAACAAAACCAGAACGGCCACGAUGGUUUCCCGUUCGUGAUAUCCAACAAUCCCCUGUUCAUUGCCGAGCCAGAGAAGAAGGAGUCGCCUAUCUACAGCAGCUCCGAAAGCUUGCGAGUGAACUUUCAGCGCCUUAGACGGAAAUCCGAUGCGGAGGCCAGCCAAGUAGAAUUAAACAGCAAGCUUCUGGCAGAGAAGUAUCAACGCGAGGUCUCCGGCUUGGAGACCGUCAAGAGCUAUUUGGACUCCAAGAAGGGUCAGGGAUUGAAUCUGGGCUUGGGUAAACUGACGCAGAACAUGAUACAGCUGGGCAAGAACAUCGCACAGAACUCAAGGAACUUGGAAACAGCCUCGCCCAAGCCAUUAGUCUCUAGUAUGAGGAAUCUGGACUUGUCCGUGCCUGCCCAAGCGUCAUUGCGCAGCUUAAAUAUACCGAUGCAGAAGCCCAAGCAUCUAGACCUAAACAUACCGUUACAGAGCCAGUCACCGAUCAGCGCGAAACUGAGUUUGAUGCAGAAAGCGAACCCACCGAUAAGUCCUACAAUACAUCAGCACAUCCUGGAACCACCGAAGCUGUAUCAAAACGAUACCAUGAAAAAGGAGCUGCCAAAGUUGGACGUACUUGCGGAUAAACUUCCUAGUGCCACUAACGUCUACCGACACAGGACGUCUUCCUUGUCAGAGAACAGGAAACCGCCGAUCAAGAACAUACGCAGAUCUUUUCAUACCAGAAACGACUCCAGCGAGGAUUCCGAUUCGGUUUCGCAUUCGGAGACGGACAUCCGAAGCCGCUUACGUUACAAGCGCAGGCACAAGAGGCUGCCGCAUAAUCUGCGGUUGAAUUUCAAGAACAAAGCGCCAUUCCUGCAUCCGGAUUCCGCCAAGGGAUUCUCUACGAUUGAGCUCUUCGGAAAAUCGCCGCCGCCGUCGACGAGCUUCCUGAACUCGCUCUCGCCACCGUUUUCCUCCAAGAACAAUUUGCUUUCGUGGCCGGAAAGCGCACCGAGCUCCAGCUUGACAUUCACCAGCAAUUCGGAUCUUGACUCGGACACCAGCUCCGAGUAUCCGGAGUUCACGAACGAUGCCACCCUGUCGGAAGAAGCCAAGGAGGUGUACAACAGUCUGGUGGAGACGCCGCCAGUGGAGAGCGCCGGUGACACAAAUCCGUUGCGCAUGCUGCGUUCCGGGCUGCCGAUAGUGAGGCCCAGAAUUCGUGGGAACAAGCACGCGACCCUCAGCCACUCGAUGUCGUCGCAGUCGGAGGACAGCGAGCACAAUUUUCACUUGGAGAUGCAUCACAGUGGCGCGAAGACCCUGCCCAAGGUCCGGGCUCCCCCUCCGCCCCACGCGACUUUAUCCUUGUCGCAGUCGCGCAUUCUUGAGAGGCAUCACUCCGCCCUGGAAAUCGAGAACAAUCAGAAUCAGAGCAACGUCGACGAGAAUCCGAUACCUUUACCGCCGAGGGAUCGUUCCAAGACGCUGCAGUCCAAGUCUAGUCUGCCGCGACAUCAGAGGAAACAUCCGUUGAUCAUACCCGGGGGCGGUGUUACCAGAACGUUGGCCAAAAUGGCAGUAACCACGCCGCCUGUAGAGGAUCAAGUAGACGGGCAUUUUAUGUUGCAAACCGCUAAUUCAUCGGUUCCCGGGACCUCGUUGCAGGACAGCUAUCCUCCAGAAGCCUCUGCUAACAGUCCAGAAGAGUUUGAGCAACGCAUAGACUCCGAGUUAGCCGCAUUGGAUUCCUUGUCUAUCGACGAGAACCGAUUUCGACGUUGCAGCGUGAUCUCGGAGGACUUGCUGGAGUUCUCGGACAACCUGAUCGACUGCGGCGACGCGGCGGACUUGCGUCAGAACGUCUCGGAGACGAGCAACGACGGGCAAUCGAGCAAUUCGUCGACUGUGACGGAUAAUUUGCGCAGGAAGGUCAGCGUUGAAUCGAAGAAUUCCGUGAGGAGUAGCGCGUCUAAACUACAAGAGAGCACGGAAGCUGAUUUAAAUCGCAAUCCGACGCCAACUAAUUCCAAUAAAUCGGAAGAAUGGGGCAAGACGGACUCGUUGACUAACGCGAUUAAAGGUCAGGUUGCGUCUGCGAGAAUUCCGGUGACGCGUCAGCAGACUUCGUUGAGCUACACGUCGCAGGCUGAUCACGCAGAAGGAAUCUCCUGUAAGCCCGAAACUGCAAAAUGCGAGGAACCGUUGGUACACAUUAGCUCGAGUGAUGAUCUUCAUUCGACUACUCUCUCGAAAGCCUAUCUGUUAUCCAACGAAAAGACAUCGAACCGCACCAGUGAUUUGUCACGCCAGUCGGAUCACGUCUCUUGCGAGGACCUCCUGGAGUUCGCUUGCGAUGGGCCGAACACGCGACGAACACGCGGACCUCGUAAUGGCGAACAGUCCGACGAGGUACGAAUCAUGCUGAAGGUCCUGCACGAGCAAUCGACCCCGGAAUCCUGCAUCGCCGCGUUGAAUGUCACCGAGUGGGACGUCCUGGCGGCUAUCAAGCUGGAGCGACUUCAGGGAUUGCUGAAGAAGGAGAACAGUUUCGUCGGCCUCGAGGACUGCAAAGUGAUGCUGCAUCAGUGCGGUGGUGAUGUCGUUAAAGCGGCCGCGCUGUUGCAAAGCACGGAGGACACCGCCGCGGUUUAGUGUGAUACGACGCUGCGCUCGGCCUCGGUCCUCUUUCGAAAGUGAUAGAUUAAUCCAACUUCCGUCUUCAGUAAAAUGUGAGGAAUUAGGAUCUCUUGAUUCAGGUACGAUUAACAGAAUUUUAUAACAGAGUUUCUCAAUCAAGUAUCUAGGAAAGGAUGAUCAUCGUCUCGAAAUUAAUUUGUUGGAGUUGCGUCUGGAGAAAGGGAUUGUUUUUAAAUUACGAUAUUCGGCGGGAGAACGUAAUCUUUAUUUCGGAGAGCGAAAAAAACUAAACGUGUUAACAUCAAGUCUCUUUUGGAGUCAUAUACGUGUAUAAUCUUUAUGCUUCCUCAACGGUAACUAAGAUUCUCGGUAAAUGUGUUUAUAGGAUUUUUCGUAUGUGUAAAAACGUGUAGAUGAAUCGAAGGGAUAUUUAUUUAUUGUUUUAGCGUUAUUAGAGCGAAGAUAGUGCAUGAUAUAUGCUUUAUAUAUGUAGUUGAAUUACAAGAUUGAAUACCCUCCCAAUGACUUUAUUUAUAUAUUUUUAAAAAGUCAGCAAGAUGAUCUAGCUCCCUACUUAAUCUGACGAAUAAAAAAGCAAUUUGCCGAUUAUAUAUUUUAUACGUGAAUACAAUGUGAUAAUUCGCACAAUAAGAAUCUAAAGUCUGUAAUUAAACGACGAAGAGAUAUGCAACCGAUAGGUUUCGUGGUUUUCGUUACGCGAACAUUCACAAAAGUAAAAGGAGCUAAGUAAAUAUAAGAAAUAUUUUGGCUAUGACCACAAAUUCUUACAGAUCUGAAUAAUAACGAAGCCUACAUAAUGUAUGAUCUAUAAUUUAUGCUAUGAUAUAGACUUAUUAUAGAUUUACUUUGCGUUUGUCUACACUAUUUCGAGAAACGCACACCGUUUUACAUUUCGAAAGUAAUGUGCAAUUAAGUAUCGUAUACAAGACAAUCAUUUUAUAUUUGUACGUUUGAAAUUACUGCUUAAUAGCGUGAGAAGCCAAUAAAGCAACACAGCGAAAUAGUGAAAUUAGCAAAAUGUAGAUUACUGGGCUUGCCGCACGCGUUACUUUUCAUUUUGUGUAAUUUCAGUGAGGGAUAACAUUGAAAUCCAAAGAUUGCUUCGUGAUUAUUUGUUCGCGAUUUCAUAUUUUAAUUUUUGUGAACAAUUAUUUUUACAAAGUGUAAUAAUCAAAUUAUACACUUCCUUAUUUCACCUAUUACGACGCUAUAUGGAUUCAGAAUGAUAAAGUUUUAGUUAGCCAUUCGGAAAUUUUAAAAAAGAAUAUUUUCUUAACGUAUCAUACAAUUUAUAUUGGACUGACCGCAAAAGUCCAUGUUGACUGUUUUUUAGCAAAAUUCAAGUGCAACAUUUUGUAUUCUUGACAUGAUGUCUUGCGUUACCAGAAGAUCCUUUUGGACUGUUUUAGCGAGAUUCAUACGCAAAGCUUUGUAUUAAUUCUUAAUGCAUUUAAAGUUUCCUAAAACAUCGGCACAAACUUUUCGGUCAAUCCAAUAUUAUAAAAAAAGAGGGGAAUUUUUACUCAGUAAAACUUGGACAGGCCUAAGUUAUAUUUUUAUUGGUCCCUCUAUUUAAAAAAAUUGCACGAAUAAUGUUUCUUCCCAAGAAAGCAAGCUGCUUUAAAAGAGUUCCACCGAGAUAUUUUUAUCAAAAAUAUCUGUACUUUGUUUUAGUUGAAUCUUUUAUUCUCUUAUUUUCUUAUUUUAAAAGUCCGCAAUAAGCAUUUUAAAAAUAUUAGUCAUACGUAUAUCUUAAGCUUUACGCUAAAUUUGACCAAAUCAAUUUAUAUGGAAAGGAGCUGCUCACACUGUAUUUUAUUACAUUUUCAUAUCUUAAGAAACAAAAUGAAAGUUUCAAACGUGUGAAAUGUUGUAACUCGUGUAAAAAGGAAUAGGAGAGAAAGAAAGAGCGAGAUAGAUAUUCUUCGUAUUUUAAGGUGAAUAAAUUUGAGUAAGAACCAAAUAUUUCGCAAAUUUUAUGUGUUCAGUAAGAUUACUUUUACCAUGUAUGUAAAACAUAUGUAUCGCUUAUCACACAGGUGAUCUGUAUUUUGCUCGCACGCCUAAGACUAAAUCUAACUGUUUGUAUCUUGAUUUAAUUGAUUCAAGAUACCGACUUGAUGCAUAUUAAUAUAAAUAUUAUACAUUUUAAUAUAAAUUUCAGACGAGAGGAUCAGAUAGAUUCGGUCUUAAAAGCGUAAUAGCGAGCUUCCGGGAUGUUCUUUAAGUUGUGACAUGUAAAGUGAGCUGCAUAACUAUACGACUGAAGAAGAAAAAGUAGCUUUAAAUGGAUUAAUCAGAUUGAUUCUGGGGAUUAUAAUCAAUGGGAUUAUUUCCCAAAUAUUUCUCAAUUUCUCAAUAAGAUAAUUUCUCAAAAAGAAAACUAAUCUUAAUAAAAUAAUAAAUCAUCAUAAUCCGCAUGACUGAUGAUUGCCGAUAAAAGCAGAGUGCAAGUAGUGAUCUUAAAUCGACUCGUGGUCUGAUACAGUUCCUGUGUUUCUAUGAGUUACAUUAUUAAUAUUAUGAUAAUCUACUCUCGGUAAUAACGUUCUCGGUUAAGAAGCGGCAAUGUAACCGCAACAAAAGCUGCGACGAAAGGUGAAAUUCAAUUCCACACAACUGUAACGUGUUUCACGACUAAACACGUCGUAUAUAUCGUUUGUACAUAAUACCUUGAAUUUCGUUCGAUAUGUAUAUUUAAAAAUGAUCAGUGUAAUUAAAAUUAAGCGCGUACACGUAAUAUGUAAACAUAUAUAUUUUAACAUAUAUGUAUGUUGAAUUAAGUUACACCGUAAUAUCUCCUUUUUACGCUGGAAACAGGAGCAUAGAGUAUGACAUUUCAAGACCUACAAGCUUAGCGCGCAAUUAUAAUGAUGGCCUUCGCUUAUGAUAUUAUUUUCUUUUUUAGUGACUCUUAACCCUUUCGUUACUAAAGGUAACUACUACAGCCACCCAUGACAAUUUUGCAUUAUUCCAGGCAUUAGUCUAAGCGAUACUGUUUCGUCUUCGUCUUGACAGCUGCGCCAAUAACAAUAUGAAAAUCGGUAGCAGUCACAUUGUUCGUGGCAAAGCGUGAACUCGCGGCUCAAUUCUGCCGUAACGAAAGGGUUAAUUCGAUGAAGAGAGAGGGAGAGAGAGAGAGACAGGAAGCGAUGCGUGACGUAUGUCAUCGUGUAUCAUUUUUUUCCACCUAAAAUAGUACGUUUUCCGAGUGCACCUUGUGGUACUUUGCGAAUGAAAGUUCAGUUCGCACUUCGGACACGGUAGAAUCGAUUUCCGGGAGAGCGUGCGAGAGAAUCAUUUUAGUUUUGAUAUUGUCUUUGUGUCGACGGCCAUUAAUUGAACGAUGCAAUCGAUGCAGGUUUACUCGCUGCCACAGCGUACGUGAGAAAACGUGUUAACGUGUUAACGUGAGAGCCAGGAAAGCAAAGAAACGGGAGGGGAAGGGGAUAAAAGCGAGAUCGCGCGCGUUUGACGAGCGUGUCUCGCCCGCGUCGUUCAAAUAGGAGCCGACGAAGCCAAAUAGCAGCCGACGAAGCCCGCCUAAGUAACACGACGUUACCGUUAACCUCGUAAGAUAAGCGACCGUAAUGCGUACGCGCAUCCUCCGGAUGCGUCGCCAGCCAAUGUACUUACACACGCGCCCAACGAUUGGCGACAUUUUCUCAGAUUAUUAUUAUUAUUAUUAUUCACGCGAAAUCUCAAAAGCUGCAUUUGCCGACAAUAUCAAUCUUCAGAUCUUCAGAUCUAAUCUUCAUAUGGAUUACUUUUGAAGUAAUAAUAAAAAUGUAAUAGUUUGAUGAUGAUAAUAAUAAUAAUAACAACAAUAACAAUAAUAAAAUAAUAAUAAUUAAGCUUAAGUCGAUGCCAUAUAAUUCUCUCGCGGAGAGAAACGAAAUAUGCAUCCCGAGUAUGUUUACGGCAUGCGCGGCCAGUAAUUUUACAUGUACGUUGAAUUUCGAUCGAUCGAGAUCCAACGAAUCGAGGUUUCUGCACGUUUGGUUAUGUCACACGAAAAAUGUCGGAAAGCAUUGUCAAAGUAAUUAACAAUUAAACGCGAACGACAGUGCAAGUGAAAGAAGGAGAGUGUGUCGUGUUAUGUAAAGGUUUCAGUGUGCGAGAGUGUUGGCAUGAGAUUGCAAUUUGCCGUGCAUCUCAGAUUUGAAUUUAAAGAGGAUCUUGCGUCACGAGAUACCCGGUAUCUCGGUUUCGUUCCGAACGCUUCGAUUCGUCGAUUUAAAAGUGCUACCAACUGCUUGACGACAUGGUAAUUUUGCAGAGAAAUUACGAGCCUGAUGGGAGCCUGAUGCGCCUAAAAUAUGCCUAAUGUCGGUCGAAAUUCAGCGUACGUAGUCAGAAAACGGUUGGUCGCCGAGCGUCUCUUCAGGAAGCGAACGCGUCUGAUUUUUGCCGCUCGACAAGAGAUACAUAAGUGUAUAACCUGUAAUCAUUUUGAUACGCGAUCUUCUUUAUAAGGCGAACACGUUUGUACGUAUCUAUAUAUUAUUACGCGCGGAACCACAAAGGAUGUUUUUAUAUCUGCUGUAUUUGCGAUAAUAUAUAUACAACACCCAUUGA